AUGGUCAAAUAUAGCGAAGAUAAGUUGUAUGAGCUCAAAGACACUGCAUACGUGCCUCAACCUGUAGUCUUGGAAGGCUUCAAUAGAAUGAUCGAACAAGUAAAGUUGCAUUCGGCACAAGAAUUUGAAAAAAGGAAGAACAUGAAGCCUACGAAUGGAGAUACAUAUAUCGAUGAAUUUGGAAAUGAGCGUCCUUACUUUCACAUGAAUAGGAGAAGAUUGUCAAGAGGUAGUGCUAAACCAGGCUUACGGAAGAAGGUUGGGGACUCAGUCAAGGUAGAUGAAGAUGGAUGGGCUACUUUGACCAAGCCAAAGAAAUCUUUUGGUUCGGAAGAUGCACAGGAGGAGCGAAUCAAAUUUAGGGAUUCGUUGAAAGAAACAAUACCUUCCAGUGGGAUGAAAGCCAAACCUAAUAAUAAAAACUUAGGCUCAUCUAAGGCUGUUGACUCAAGAGACGCGAUAGCAGACAAACAAACCACGACUUUCAAUGCCUUUGAAGCUUUAGGAGAUGAAGAAGAUGAUGAUGAGUAA